UCUUUAUUUAUUCCUGAUUUUAGGGCUUCUCUUCAACCCCGGUCCCCCCUGUCUUCUCUCUCCCGAUCAAAAUUUCCCAAAUUCGAUAAUUUUUUAGGGUUUUCAAACGGAUGCGCUGAAUUCUCGUCAUGACAACGCGAUCCGGUGGCGCGUGAGUGCGCGACGACGGAUAUAAUUCUGGAGGGUUAGUUCUUGUAUGGAAACUCGUAGCCGGAAACGGGCGGAGGCCUCCUCAUCUGCCGCCACCACCACCAGUCCCACUACUCGCCCCAGCAAACGAUCCCGCACUGCCACAACAACAACCGCCACCGCUACUCGCUCUCGUUCCACACGUGCUCACCCUCUCCCCAUGGACUCCACACCUGUCGAAUCGUCUUCUUCUUCUCGCUCUCGUCGGAAUAGGAAUGAUAAUAGUAACAGUGAAUCGGAUAAAGGCAAAGAGAAAGAACAUGAAGUUAGGGUUUCGCGUGAAAAUAGGGAAAUUAACAAUAAUUUGGAUUCUGGAAAUGACAAUAAUAACCUCAAUGUCGACGACGAUGACGACAGCGAAGGUGGUGGAAUUGGUGCUUUCCAUCAUAAUCUGACUUCAGCUAGUAGUGCCUUACAGGGUUUGUUGAGAAAGUUGGGUGCUGGUCUUGAUGAUUUGUUGCCUUCUCCCGUAACGGGUUCGGGUUCAAGCUCGCAUCAAUCGGGGAGAUUGAAGAAGAUUCUCUCUGGGUUGAGGGCUGAUGGAGAAGAAGGGAAGCAAGUGGAAGCCUUGACGCAGCUCUGUGAAAUGCUUUCUAUUGGGACUGAAGAGAGCCUGAGCACUUUUUCCGUGGAUUCUUUUGUUCCGAUUCUUGUUGGGUUGUUGAAUAAUGAGAGUAAUCCUGAUAUUAUGUUGCUUGCUGCAAGGGCGAUUACACAUUUGUGUGAUGUUUUGCCAUCGUCUUGUGCUGCCGUUGUUCAUUAUGGCGCUGUUUCAUGUUUUGUUGCAAGGUUGAUUACUAUUGAGUACAUGGACCUUGCUGAACAGUCUCUGCAAGCUCUAAAGAAAAUAUCUCAAGAGCACCCAACUGCAUGUCUGCGUGCUGGUGCUCUUAUGGCAGUGCUUUCUUAUCUGGAUUUUUUCUCUACUGGAGUUCAGCGAGUAGCAUUAUCAACUGCUGCAAAUAUGUGCAAGAAACUUCCUUCAGAUGCAGCUGACUUUGUGAUGGAAGCAGUUCCUCUGUUGACCAACCUUCUUCAGUACCACGAUGCAAAGGUCUUGGAGCAUGCUUCAGUUUGUUUGACAAGGAUUGCUGAAGCCUUUGCUUCAUCACCAGACAAAUUAGAUGAAUUGUGUAAUCAUGGACUUGUUGCUCAAGCUGCCUCUCUCAUUUCCACCAGUAGUUCUGGAGGUGGACAGGCAUCUCUCAAUGCUCCAACAUAUACGGGCUUAAUUCGCCUGCUAUCCACAUGUGCAAGUGGCUCUCCUUUAGGAGCCAAAACAUUACUUCUACUUGGGGCCAGUGGCAUUCUUAAAGACAUACUAUUAGGUUCUGCGGGUUGUGCUAACUCUGCUGUUCCCCCGGCUCUAAGUAGACCAGCAGAUCAGGUUUUUGAGAUUGUCAAUCUGGCAAAUGAGCUUCUUCCUCCACUUCCACAAGGAACUAUCUCCCUCCCUACCAGCUCCAGUAUGUUGGUCAAAGGAUCUGUUGUGAAGAAGUCUCCAUCCAGCAGUUCUGGGAAACAAGAUGAUAAUAAUGGAAAUGUUCCUGAGGUUUCAGCUCGCGAGAAAUUAUUAAAUGAUCAACCAGAACUUCUGCAGCAAUUUGGAAUGGAUCUUCUUCCUGUUCUGAUACAGAUUUAUGGUGCCAGUGUCAACAGUCCUGUUCGCCACAAAUGUCUCUCAGUUAUUGGGAAGUUGAUGUACUUCAGCAAUGCGGAGAUGAUUCAGUCUCUACUUAAUGUGACAAACAUACCAAGUUUUCUAGCUGGGGUGUUAGCGUGGAAAGAUCCACAUGUCUUGGUUCCUGCCCUUCAAAUUGCCAAGAUUAUUAUGGAAAAACUUCCUGGGACUUUCUCCAAGAUUUUUUUCAGAGAAGGUGUGGUUUAUGCUGUAGAUCAACUUAUCUUAGCUGGAAGUCCAAAUACUGGUCCUGCUCAAGCUGCAUCUGCUGAGAAGGAUAAUGAUUCUGUUCCUGGAUCAUCAUCACGUUCCAGGCGUUACAAACGUCGCAGUGGGAAUUCAAAUCCUGAGGCAAAUUCAUCUGAAGAAUCCAAGACUCAAGUUUGCGCAAAUGCUGUAUCACCUCCAAGUUCUUUAGAAAUCCCAACCGUUAAUUCUAAUUUGCGUUUAGCAGUUAGUGCGUGUGCUAAAGAUUUUAGAGAUAAGCACUUUCCUUCGGAUCCCGGCUCUACUGAAGUUGGGGUUACCGAUGACCUUUUACACUUGAAAAAUCUCUGCACAAAGUUGAAUGCUGGUGUUGAUGACCAAAAGACUAAAGCAAAGGGCAAAUCAAAGGCUUCUGCUUCCCAUCUUAUUGACAAUUCUGCUAACAGGGAAGAAUACUUGAAUGGGGUGAUAUCCGAGAUGCUAGCAGAGCUAGGCAAGGGGGAUGGUGUAUCCACUUUUGAGUUUAUUGGUAGUGGUGUUGUGGCAACCUUGCUAAAUUAUUUUUCUUGUGGCUAUUUUACCAAGGAGAGAAUUUCAGAAGCCAACCUACCCAAACUUCGGCAACAAGCACUGAGAAGAUUUAAAUCAUUUGUUGCUCUGGCCCUUCCUUCCAGUAUUGAUGGAGGGGGUGCCACCUCCAUGACAGUCUUAGUUCAGAAGCUUCAAAAUGCUUUGUCAUCCUUGGAGCGUUUUCCUGUUGUUCUUAGCCCUUCUUCUAGGUCAUCUAAUGGAGGUGCACGCCUGUCUUCUGGAUUGAGUGCACUAUCUCAACCUUUUAAUUUACGUCUCUGUCGGGUCCAAGGGGAAAAGGGUCUCCGUGAUUACUCUUCCAAUGUUGUACUUAUCGAUCCAUUAGCAAGUUUAGCUGCUGUAGAAGAAUUUCUUUGGCCGCGAGUACAGCGAAAUGAAACUGGCCAAAAGGUGUCUGAAUCUGCAGGAAACUCAGAAUCAGGGACCACACACCCUGGAGCUGGUGCAUCAUCCCCUUCUACCUCAACUCCUGCUACUGCCACUCGUCGUCAUUCUUCAAGAUCCCGAUCAUCUGUUAAUAUAGGAGAUUCAGCUAGAAAGGAACCAAUACCAGAGAAAAGCACAAGCUCAUCAAAGGGAAAGGGGAAAGCUGUUUUGAAACCGGGUCAGGAGGAGACAAAAGGACCUCAAACUAGAAAUGCUGCUCGUAGAAGAGCAGCCCUUGAUAAAGAUGCAGAAUUGAAACCGGUGAAUGGGGAUUCUAGUUCUGAGGAUGAGGAAUUGGAUAUUUCUCCUGUGGAGAUUGAUGAUGCGUUGGUUAUUGAAGAUGAUGACAUCUCUGACGAUGACGACCAUGAAGAUGUGCUAAGAGAUGAUUCUCUUCCUGUUUGCAUGCCUGACAAAGUACAUGAUGUGAAAUUGGGUGAUACACCGGAGGAUAGCAAUGCUGCACCAGCAGCAAGUGACAGCCAAAGUAACCCUGCUUCUGGUUCUAGUAGCAGGGCUGCUGCUGUUAGGGGCUUGGAUUCCACUGAUUUUAGGAGCUCUUAUGGAUCUAGGGGAGCCAUGUCUUUUGCUGCUGCUGCUAUGGCUGGGCUUGGAUCUGCUAAUGGUAGAGGCAUCAGAGGAGGAAGAGAUCGACAAGGACGUCCCCUGUUUGGUUGCUCUAGUGACCCUCCUAAGUUGAUCUUUACUGCUGGUGGGAAGCAGCUAAAUAGGCAUUUGACUAUCUACCAGGCCAUCCAGAGGCAACUUGUGCUGGAAGAUGAUGAUGAAGACAGGUAUGGUGGCAGCGACUUCAUUUCUAGUGAUGGGAGUAGGCUUUGGAGUGAUAUAUAUACCAUUACAUAUCAAAGGGCAGAUGGCCAAGCUGAUAGGGCUUCUGUUGGAGGCUCAAGUUCUAGCACAUCAAAUUCCACCAAAGGUGGCUCUUCCAAUUCAAACUCAGAUGCUCAAAUGCAUCGGAUGCCACUUUUAGAUAGCAUCUUGCAAGCAGAACUUCCUUGUGAUCUAGAAAAAUCUAAUCCUACUUAUAAUAUAUUGGCUCUACUACGUAUACUUGAGGCUUUGAACCAGCUUGCACCUCGUUUGAGAGUUCAACUAGUUUCUGACAACUUCUCUGAGGGGAAAAUCUCUAGUUUGAAUGAGUUGACUGCUACUGGUGCCAGGGUUCCUGCAGAAGAAUUCGUAAAUAGCAAGCUUACACCUAAAUUAGCUCGACAAAUUCAGGAUGCCCUGGCACUGUGCAGCGGGAGCCUUCCAUCAUGGUGUUAUCAGUUAACAAAAGCAUGUCCAUUCUUGUUCCCUUUUGAGACUCGGCGACAGUACUUCUAUUCAACUGCUUUUGGAUUAUCUCGUGCGUUGUUUCGUCUUCAGCAGCUGCAGGGUGCAGAUGGUCAUGGGUCAACAAAUGAAAGAGAGGUGAGGGUUGGAAGAUUACAACGCCAGAAAGUUCGUGUUUCCCGAAACCGCAUUUUGGAUUCUGCUGUGAAAGUAAUGGAUAUGUUUUCUAGUCAGAAGGCUGUGCUUGAAGUAGAAUAUUUUGGUGAGGUUGGUACUGGGUUGGGUCCUACCUUAGAGUUCUACACACUUUUGAGUCAUGAUCUACAGAAAGUUUCUCUGGGAAUGUGGAGGUCAAAUUCAGCAGCAGGGAAACCUUCAAUGGAAAUUGAUGGAGAUGAUGAAAAAAAUGGAAAAUCCAACAAUGGGUCAGGUACUGCAGUUGCUGCUGAUCUUGUCCAAGCUCCACUUGGCCUGUUCCCUCGUCCUUGGCCACCAACCGUUGGUGCUUCUGAAGGGAGCCAAUUUUAUAAGACUAUUGAGUAUUUCCGGCUGGUUGGACGUGUGAUGGCCAAAGCUCUUCAAGAUGGACGGCUUUUGGACCUACCACUUUCAAUGGCAUUUUAUAAACUUGUGCUUGGUCAAGAGCUUGAUCUGUAUGAUAUUCUUUCGUUUGAUGCUGAAUUUGGGAAGACUUUACAAGAAUUGCAUGCCCUUGUUCGUCGAAAACAAUAUUUAGAAUCAAUAAGCAGUGAAAAUAAUGAGGUCAAUGCUGAUUUAUGUUUUCGUGGGACCCCAAUUAAAGAUCUCUGCUUGGAUUUUACCCUUCCUGGUUAUCCAGACUACAUGAUGAAGCCAGGAGAUGAAACUCUUCAGGUUGAUAUCCAUAACUUGGAAGAAUACAUAUCCUUGGUAGUUGAUGCAACUGUGAAGACUGGGAUCAUGCGACAAAUGGAAGCGUUUAGAGCUGGGUUCAAUCAGGUUUUUGACAUCUCAUCAUUGCAACUAUUCACUCCGCAAGAAUUGGAUUAUUUGCUUUGUGGGCGAAGAGAACUGUGGGAGCCUGAUACACUUGUUGAUCAUAUAAAAUUUGAUCAUGGAUACACUGCCAAGAGUCCAGCCAUUGUUAACCUGCUUGAGAUUAUGGGAGAGUUCACACCAGAACAGCAGCGUGCUUUCUGCCAGUUUGUUACUGGAGCACCCAGGCUGCCACCUGGUGGUCUGGCUGUGCUAAACCCAAAAUUAACCAUUGUUAGAAAGCAUUCUUCAUCUGCUGGAAAUGCAAUGUUGAAUGGAACUGGGCCUUCAGAAUCAGCUGAUGAUGACUUGCCUAGUGUCAUGACUUGUGCUAAUUACCUAAAGCUACCACCUUACUCUACCAAGGAAGUGAUGUACAAGAAAUUGCUGUAUGCAAUCAGUGAAGGGCAGGGAUCUUUUGACUUGUCAUGAGUUUUUUUGACGAGGCGAUGGAAUCUAUUUAUAUUACAUCACAAGAAUCCCAGACUUUUUUCCUGGGAUGCGUUUGAGAUUGGAAGUGAUGUUUAUACCACUCAAUAAUAAGGCUUCCCUUUGGUGUUACUUUAUACUGUGGUGUCAUCAAGGUCAGCUCAUAAAUUUUUUGGGGGAGGCUCUAGUCAAAUUUUGUUAUUGGGCCUGGAUAUAACGUUUGCUUGGAUAGCUCAUCCAUUUUUUCUCGAUGAUGGCCAUGUAUUUGCAGCUCAUAGAAGAUGUGCUCUGAUUUUUAUGAAUCUGAAAUUAUUUUAUUGACAGAAUGUACUGGUUCCUUAAAUUUGACGGUUAAAAUUUUCAGGUUGCUUGCUGCAUUUUCGUGCUGUAAAGGAGUAACACGUGGAGGCGUGUUCAGUUGCUAAUUCUUGUAAAUAAAUAGAAAAUUUUCAAUUUUUUCUUCUUGUCCGAUAGAAUAUACAUGUAUGUCAAGUAAUGAUGGAAAUGGCAAAAAUAAACAUUGAAUUAUUGCUUUAUUUUUACAUGUA